ACUAAAGCGCUGAGAGGGAGCGUUUCCAGCCGGGGUCGCUUAUCGCCACCCGCCCUUUCCGGCCCGCCGGAGGCAGCGGUGCGGAGGCCGCGGCAGGCUGUGGAGCGCGUUGUGGGGCCGCCAGCAUGCCGCAGAACGAGUACAUCGAGCUGCACCGCAAGCGGUAUGGGUACCGCCUGGACUACCACGAGAAGAAGAGGAAGAAGGAGGGCCGCGAGGCGCACGAACGAUCGUGGAAGGCCAAGAAGAUGAUCGGGCUAAAGGCUAAGCUCUACCACAAGCAGCGGCAUGCUGAGAAGAUACAGAUGAAGAAGACCAUUAAAAUGCAUGAAAAGAGAAAUACAAAGGAAAAGAAUGAUGAUAAAACACCGAAAGGAGCUGUACCAGCAUACCUGCUGGACAGAGAGGGCCAAUCCCGAGCUAAGGUUCUCUCUAACAUGAUCAAGCAGAAAAGGAAAGAAAAAGCUGGGAAGUGGGAAGUUCCUGUACCAAAGGUCCGAGCACAAGGAGAAACAGAAGUUCUAAAAGUAAUUCGUACAGGAAAGAGAAAGAAGAAGGCCUGGAAGAGAAUGGUCACAAAAGUUUGUUUUGUUGGAGAUGGCUUUACUAGGAAGCCUCCGAAAUACGAACGAUUCAUUCGACCAAUGGGCUUACGUUUCAAGAAGGCACAUGUGACACAUCCCGAACUUAAAGCUACUUUUUGCCUACCUAUCCUUGGUGUAAAAAAGAAUCCUUCUUCUCCUUUGUAUACAACACUGGGUGUAAUUACCAAGGGUACUGUCAUAGAGGUGAACGUGAGUGAGCUUGGCCUUGUGACACAAGGGGGCAAAGUUAUCUGGGGGAAAUAUGCACAGGUAACAAACAAUCCAGAAAAUGAUGGCUGUAUUAAUGCAGUUCUACUUGUCUAAGUUAUGCUGAAGACCAAGCAUUUGGACAUGGGCUCCUGAAAAAUCAGUGCACUUUCAUCAAGUUCGCAAGGACUCUGAAACCCUCAAACAUUCACAAACGUUGAUCCCACAAGCUGGUGAAGAAGCUAAAUGUGCCAGAAAUUACAUCUUAGGGUUUCAUAUUUGUUUCCUUGGCUGAACUGUCCAAAUAAAGCAAUUUUAUAUGGUU